CGGAACCAAUGAGAUUGGCCUCAGGGAGAUUCUCGAGAGGAUCCGCUGAAGAUGCAGCACUGGGCAGCCUCAGAGCUGAGCUGUCUGCUGCUAGGGGGUAGCUGCAUAUGACGCGCAUUGACGCCUUGCUUCAGAAACCUUAAUUGAUCAUGAUGUUCAUCUCUUCCGGUUCUGCCUUAUACUAAUAGAUGGAGAGCUCGGACCUAGCUAGCAUUUGAAGGUGGCCACAGGCAGCGGGCAUGUGAGAACAUCGAGAGCUCCCCCAAGUCCAAGUUGCUAAGCGAGAACUGGCCUAGUGAGCUCUCAAGCUGCAGAGUCAUUGCUCUAUAAUGAGUCAUUUGACAACGCCUUUGACUCGCACUGCCACCCCAAUGUCCUCAGGCUGUGAAAUACAACUUUCGUUGGGAUCAUGCCCAUUCAGCAGCAGCUUCCCUUGAUAGCGCCAACUUCGCACUGAUCUUCUGGGGGUAGUAUUGGGCUCAAUCAAAUGCAAGGCGUCAGCUCUUGCUAAUGCCUUUCAGCUGAUCCAGCUCCAAUUAUGACAGCUGCGAUGCCACAGGGCUGACUCCCUAGAUUGAUCAGCUGCUCAACAGCCUUGAUUAGUUAGCGCAAUCAGUCAGCGCAAUGGCGUUCAGGAACAAGGGUGGGCGCAAGGCAUUGGAAGUUGAGCUUCAGGAGGUUGACAGUCUUCGGGAGCAGGGCCAUUGGUCCCGAGCCGUCACUGCUGCCCAGGCUCUGGUGGCAUUCUCCAGUACUCUCCCCCAACUGAUCCAAGGCGAGUCCAGCCUGCACGAAGGCAAACUGGACGAAGCUGAGCAGCUGUUGCGCGCUGCUCUCCAGGCGGAGCCCCAAAACCAAGAGGCCUCUGCCCUUCUUGGCGAGACACUUUUCCGCAAGGGCGAUGCCCAAGGUGCCCUCCCCUACCUCGAGUCCCUCGACAUUUCCGCUCUCGGAUCUCACAUCCCACCCACACCCAUACCCCUAGAGUCAUCCACCCCCCGGCCUCGCGUCCGGCGGUCCAAAACCCCCGAACCCUCCGCCCCUUCAGACGUUUCCUCCUCGCACCGCGCCGCCGUGCUGACGUCAGCGCUCGUAACCCGCGCCAAGGCGCUGGACGGACUCGAGAGGCCCCGUGAGGCGGUCGACGUGCUGAAAUCGCUGCUGGCCGCAGUGCCCUCGGUGUGGAACAGGGCCUCCCGGAAAAGCGUGCAGAAGGCGGUGCUGCUGCUGGGGGACCUCUACUGCAAACUCGGGGAAGAGUCGCGCGCGGUGGAAGUGUACAGAGAGGUUCUUGCACGAGAACCGGGCGUGUUGAGUGGCCAUACCGCUAGGGAGGUGAAGAAGAAGCUGGCGGGGCUGCUUUUGCAAGGGGGGGAGGGAGCGGUUUUGCAGCAGCAUGGGGGGGCGACGCCGGCAGACGAGGCGAUUAAGCUUCUGCUGCAAGUGCAAACGGAGGAGUGGGAGGCGGGCGUGCAUGAGCAGCUGGUGGGAGCGCUCAACUCGACAGGUCGCUUCGAGCUGCUCGCAGAGGUGCUGGAGUCCGUGAAACCCGGCGUGUUUACGCGCCCCGAGCGCUGGUAUAAUCUAGGGCUCGCACACCUGGCGGCCGGGAACGGGGAAAAGGCGCUGAUGGUACUGCGUAUGGCUGCCAAGGAGACGACCGGAAAUGUCCCACUGCUAGUUGCCGCUGGUCGGGCAUGCGCGAUGACAGGUUGCUCGGAGGAAGGAGUGCGGUAUGCCGAAGAAGCGGUGCACUUCACUGAGGGCCAAUCCUCCGACCUCCGGGGACAAGCGCUCCACGUGCUCGGGGUAAACCUCGGGCUGCAAGCGCGGUCUUCCCGGAGUGACGCCGAGCGGUCGGCGCUCCAGAACCGGGCAGUCGAGACGCUCAAAGACGCAGUCGCGGCCGCGCCCGGGGACUUUGCCCCGAGGUACGACCUGGCGGUACAGCUGGCGGAGGGGCGGAGGCUCCGCCCCGCGAUGGAGCAUAUCGCCGUCGCGCUGGAGGCAUCCAACGGCGCGCAUUGCGACAGCUGGCGGCUGCUCGCGCUGCUGCUGUCGGCGGAGCAGCGCUUUGCGGCCGCGGAGGAGGUUCUGGCCGCCGCUCUAGAUGCCGCCCCCGGCGGGGGCCGCCGGGCCGCGCUGCUGAGGACGCUCGCGAGCGUGCAGCGCGCGGGGGGGAGCGAGAAGCAGGCGCUGGGGACUCUCGCCAAGGUUCUGGGACUGGUCAAGACAGGUGGGCCCGCGGCUGAGGCGGGGGUUCUGAGCGAGCUCGCGGAGGCGAACGUCGCGCUGAAGGAGUGGGAAAAUGCGGAGGAGUUUGCGAAGCGGGCGAAGGCUUUAGAGCCGUACCAUGCGGGGGCGUGGUAUGUGACGGGGUUAGUGCUCGAGGCGCAGAGACGGUCCGAGGAAGCGAUGGCGGCGUACGAGACUGCGGCGGUCGCGGAUCCUGCGGACGUCCGGAGCUUGGUCCGGAUCGCGUCCCUGUACCGCGAGUCUCCAGCCGCAGCCCCGGUCGUGAGGAGCCUCCUGAACCAGGCGCUCCAACAAGACCCCAUGAACCACGAGGCGUGGCACGGCCUCGGGCUGGUCCAAAAGGCGGACGGCUCGUUAAGCGAAGCUGCGGACAGCUUCCAAACUGCUAUGGUGUUGCAGGCCACCGUUCCAGCGGCGCCCUUCUCGAGCCUGCCACGGGCGAUCUUGUCCUUGCCGCCAAGAUGCUGAUAACGGACAUACUCAAUUCAAACUCAGAGUAUGACGUUAGUUCAAGUAGCGCUGUUAUCCAACAUUGGAGUGGAGUUUUGGUCGGAGAAGGUGACCUCCUUCGGUCUCCUGAAUCAGUAUGAACGUAAACCCUAGAUACAUGAGUUCAGCAGCCUCGAGCAGCCCUGCACACAACUGUCGUCCAGCUUGACGGCUCCAGUAAAUCGAUUGCAAGUCUUCUGUGAAGUGUGUCUGUGUGGGCCGCCGAUCGAUGAAGAUUAUCAUACAAAAAAU